AUGCCAGAAAUUCGACCUCACGCAAACCCACACCUAACCAGCCAUUUUCUCUCUGCAUUGCCAUUUUGCCGUAAAAUACGAGACUUGAAGGCCUUAAACUCCCUCCUAAUAGUUCAUGGACUGAUCAGACACGGGACCGCCGUUAAAAGCUUCAUCAACCACUGCUGUCAUCUGGGUUUUCCAGAUUUAGCUCUCCUCACUUUCAAAUCAAUCGAAAAACCAAAUCUUUACACUCAGAAUUUACUCCUCAGGAGCUUGUCUGAUAAUGGGCUGCCCGAAGAUGUGUUCUCUGUCUAUGAGAAAUGCCGGGUUUCCGGACUUUAUUCAGAUAAUUACACGUACCCUUUUGUUAUCAAGGCUUGUGCCGCUUUACGUGAUGUCUGGUCUGGCAAUAUGGUGCAUUGCGUUGUCUUCAAGAAUGGGUUUGGAGAAAAUCUGGUCGUUCAGACCGCGCUUUUGGACUUCUACUCGAAAAUUGGGCAAAUGGCUAAUGCCCGCAAGGUGAUCAACGAAAUGACACAACCGGAUUUAGUCGCUUGGAACGCGUUGAUUUCAGGGUACUCUUUAAAUGGGCUUGAUUAUGAGGUGGUUAAGGUUUUUCGGGAUAUGCUUGCAGCGGGCUUGAAGCCUAAUGCCAGCACGUUGGCGAGUGUUUUUCCCAUGUGCUCUCGUGUUGGAGUUCAUGGGUUUAGUGUUUGUCUUCAUGGUUUGGCCUGUAAACUUGGGGUAAAUGAGGAUGAGUCUUUGGUGCCCGCUUUGAUUUCCGUUUACGCUAAUUGUGGGGAUUUGUCGGCAGCUAGAGGGAUUUUUGAUGCGUGGACUGGCGAAAAUGCUGCCAUUUGGAAUGCCGUAAUAUCUGCUUAUACGCGAAACCAAAAACCGGAAAAUGCUUUUGCACUGUUUAAAACGAUGCUAAUGGAUGAAGUAAACCCGAAUAUGGUGACUUUUGUGUCUCUUUUCCCCUCAUCCGAGAAUCUUGAUAGCAUCUCAUAUGUCGAGUCCUUGCAUGCUUGUGUAGUGAAAUAUGGAUUUGAGAGACAAGUCUCUGUUGUCACGGCUCUUCUUUCUGUGUACGCCAAGCUUGGAAAUGUGAAUUCGGCCGAGUUCCUUUUUCGUGAAAUAUACGUGAAGAACACCUUAAUUUGGAACUCAAUGGUCUCAGCAUACGCUGGUCAUGGCCUUUGGCAGCAGAGCCUGAAUGCAUUUCGUCUCAUGCAAAAGGAUGGUUUUAAUCCGGAUCAAAUCUCGAUUAUUAGUCUCCUUUCUUCAUGUUCAGGAUUGAAAGCCAGUCUGCUGGGAAAGUCCGCGCAUGGUUUUAGUAUCAAAAGAAAGUUCGAUUUGAAUCUCAAUGUGAUAAACGCAUUGUUGUCAUUUUACUGCGAAUGCCGUGAGUUGGCCUAUUCUUUCAGGAUAUUUGAUAGAAUGGAUUUUAAAAAUAUUAUUUCAUGGAAUACAAUUAUUUCCGGAUGUGUAGAUAAUGAAGAAUUCGAGCGGGCAAUGAUCUUGUUCUAUGAGAUGAGGCAAAAAGGUGUUGACUUUGACUCUGUUACCCUGAUAAGUAUCCUUCCAUCUUGCCAUGAGUGUGAAGAAAAUCCAUUUCUUGGUUCGUCUAUUCAUUGCUUGUCUGUCAAAACUGCUCUUUCUUCUGAUAUAUCAUUAGCUAAUGCUCUCGUUAGCAUGUACGUAAACUGUGGAGAGAUUGAUUCAGCGAGGUUACUAUUUGACGACAUGCCUGAAAAGAGUGUAGUUUCUUGGAAUGCCAUUUUAACCGGCUACCGUCAGCAUAACCUGCAGAAGGAUACCAUUGAUCUGUUCAGUGACAUGAUAAGAGAUAACCAAAAGCCAAAUUACGUAACUUUACUAAAUGUGUUACCCGAAUGCAACACCCUUCGUGAAGGUAAAUCCGUGCACGCAUAUAUCAUUAAGAAUGUGGUCCCACUCGAAACUCCUCUUCUCACGUCACUCAUCGUCAUGUACGCGAGAUACGAAAUUCUAGAGUCGUGCGUGAAAUUAUUCCACGUUGGAGAUAAGACGAGUAUUUCCCUGUGGAAUACGGUUAUAUCUGCUCAUCUACUUUCGAAAAACAGUACCAUGGCAUUUGUUUACUUUCGUGAGAUGAUUCGAAAUAAAGUAGAGCCAGAUUUUAUCACAGCACUCAACCUCAUUUCGGCUUGCGUCCAAAUCAAUAACUCGCGUAUAGCAAAGGCUGUCUCGGCUUUUCUUGUGAAAAGUGGAUUUGAGAGAGACGUGGCCGUUAGCAAUGCAUUGAUCGAUAUGUACGCAAAAUGUGGUGACAUUUUCACCGCACGAAUGGUGUUUGACGAAUUGCCUCAAAAGGACACCAUUUCUUGGAGUGUGAUGAUAAACGGGUACGGAUUGCAUGGGGAUGGUGCAUCUGCUUUGUCUGUGUACUCGCAAAUGAGGUCUCUUGGUUUGAGACCAGAUAAAGUUACCUACAUUAGUGUUUUAUCGGUUUGUAGUCGUGCGGGUUAUGUCGAACAAGGAAAAAUGGUUUUCGAGACUAUGUUGAGCGAAAAGUUAGUGUUGGGGUUCGAGCACUAUGCUUGCAUAGUUGAUCUUCUUAGUCGGACGGGACACUUGAAUGAGGCGUAUGAGAUUGUGAAGAAUUUGCCCGAUAGGCAUUCGGCUAACCUCGUUGGGUCGUUAAUGGGUGCUUGCUUGAGUCAUGGGGAUUAUGGGCUCGGAGAGGAAAUAGGUAGGUGGGCUUUGGAUACAAGCCCGAGAGAUUGUGGGCCGUAUGUCGUUCUGCACAAUAUCUAUGCAGCAGGAGGGAAAUGGGUUGAUGCAAAGAAUGUUAGGGUGGCCAUGGAACAAAGUCAGUGUAAAAAGGAUCCUGGGAUUAGUCUUCUAGAUGGGAAAUAUGAACAUAUAUAA